AGAACAACAAGAGAAGGUUACCAAAGCGCAACCCUCGCCGUCGACGGUCACACUGUCAUUCUCAGGUGAACUCUUUGCGCCUUCUUCAAUGGUAGCUUAUGAAUGCGUCUUCAGUAUCGGUUAUACCUCUUCUUAGAACUUCAAUAAUGCAGAGAUCGUUAAAUUUUGCCGGUCAGCUCGUGAAGAGGCGAGGAUUUUCGACGAAUUCUGAGAAAAUUGUAGCGGCUGUACUGUUCGAGAGGCUGCCAGUCGUGAUUCCGAAGAUUGACCCCGUGAUCUAUGCAUUUACGGACUUCCAGUUUAGGUGGCAACAGCAAUAUCGACGCAAAUAUCCUGACGAAUUUUUAAAUAAAGCUGAUGGCAGGGGAAAAGGUGACUACCAAAUUGAUUAUGUUCCAGCUCCACGGAUUACUGAAGCUGACAAAACAAACGACAGGAAGUCACUGAAAAGAGCACUUGACAGAAGACUUUAUCUUCUUCUCUAUGGUCCCUCCAUUGGGGCACCUGAUGAGAAACCCAUCUGGCACUUUCCAGAAAAAGCUUACGAGACCGAGGAGACAUUACGUAAAUGUGCAGAGUCUGCCUUAAAGUCCGUCCUUGGAGAUCUUUCUCAAACAUAUUUUGUUGGUAAUGCUCCAAUGGGUCAUAUGGUUGUACCACCUACAGAAACUGCACCAGUUCCAACUUUGAAGAGAUUCUUUUUUAAGUCUCAAGUGGUUGCAGCCGAUAAAUUUGAUAUUGGGAAAUGUGAAGAUUUUGUAUGGGUUACAAAGGAUGAAUUGUUGGAGCAUUUUCCUGAUCAAGCUGAAUUUUUCAAGAAGAUGAUCAUCAGUUGAUGUUAGUAGAUUGACGAUAGGAAGCCUCACAUAGAUUGCCUCAACCAACAAAUUUAUGGUCAGGAUGUAAGUGGCGUAGAUGAUUUGAGUUAUGAAAUGUUAAAUUAAGUGUUUGAGGCUGGAGGUUUUGUUUGUUCUGAUGUAAAAUGGACGAAUGAGGAUACCAAUUUGGAAUUAGUUUUAGGCAACUUCCUCUUUGCUGUUUCUUUGAUUAUUGGACAGUCAGAAUAAAUGGUUCGAUCCUCUUAUUCUGAUUUCUCGAACCAACAAUAGCAAUCGCAAAUUUUGAAUAUAAUGACUUUUUUCGUUUC